AAUUCAUCGUAGAUCCCUUUUGCUUGAAAAAAAAAAAUCCUCUAAAUCUCUAAAAGUUUUCAUUUUUUAUAAAUAUUCGAAACCCAAAUCGUCUCAUAGGCUUUACUCAUAGGAAUUAUGAAGUUCUUAGAAUAUACACCGCUGGAACGAAUUGAUGAUUUCUUAAGUUAUUUGAAUUUGGGAGAACGCACUAUUAAGGGAUGUCUCGAAGCUUACUCUUGUAAACACACCGGAACGGACAAAAAGCUUUCGUUUAGUUUGGAACAUGAGAUUCUUGAUUAUCUUGGGAAGUCUUCUGACGCAGACUCAUCCUCACCAGCUGAAUACUUGAUGAGCAGAUCCAGCCGAAAAACAUUGAUUUAUCUUGUUCUAACUCUGUACCACAUGUAUCCAGACUAUGAUUUCAGUGCCAUGAAUGCCCACCAGUUCUUCACAGAGGAAAGUUGGGACACGUUUAAGCAGAUUUUUGACACCUAUAUGUUUGAAGCAUCAAAGGAAUGGAUCAAUGAAAAUGAGAGUAGUAGUUCCUUACUCGAAACAAUAUAUAAGGCUCUGGAUGAGGUUGUGAAGCUAGCUGAAUGUGAAAUAUAUAGCUAUGUUCCAGAUUCUGAUGCUGACCCUUUUUUAGAGAAAGGAGCAAUCUGGUCUUUUAAUUUCUUUUUCUACAACAGAAAACUAAAGCGUGUCGUAAGUUUCCGGUGUUGUUGUCUAAGUAAUAUGGUGGCUGAUGGAUUUCUUCUCGACAACUUAAGUUCCGACGAAGAUGGGGAAAUUUUCGAUAACAUGGACAUAUGAGUGCUAUAGCAGCAGAUUAUUAGCACAAUGUUGCAUCCUCUGUGUCUACUUGUAGUUAUGCUCCUGCAGUGCCAUACUCAUGGCGCUUACAGUAGUAGGAUUAGCUUUUGUACUGUUGUACAUGAGGUAGUAUUGUGUUGUAAUUAACUAAAGCCAUGUCCAUGAAUCGUCUUUAAUCAAAUGCUUGGUUUGUGAUUAGAAACGACGGUGCCAGAUUAUGUCGUUGAAAUACUGAAACUUGCUGUGCCUUAUUUUUGUUACGGAACUAUAACCGUUGUAAGCGGAUUGUGAUUACUUCUCUUCAUAUAUUGGAAGACUUGAACUUGAUAAUUGAUUGGAGAAAUUGGCGCUGGUUAUAUUGGA